GCCGGCCCCGGCCGCCUGGCACUGCGGGGUGGGGAUGCCGGCCUCGUGUUGCUUGGGGGAGCGGGGCGCUCAUCUCUGCCCCCGUCUGCCCGCUGGUGCCAGCCCUGCUCUAAGCAGAGGAGUGUGGACGGCGACCAGGCGCUUUCGCGCCUCAUCAGGCAGGAAGGAAGCCGGGGUGGCUCCGGGAGAGCCCAUGGCGGUGGCGAGGCGCUGGCAAGAUCUUGGGUGGUGGCGAGAAGGCGACUCCCGCCGCCGCAGCCUCGGGGAGCAGGGCCCGCCGAGCCAGUGAAGUCUGCCAGCCGGGCUCGCAGCCAGGUCCCGCUGAGCGCCGCCGCAACGUGCUCCAGCGCCGCGCCGCGCCCGCCCCGCUGGCGGCAUGAUGCAGAUCUGCGACUCGUACAGCCAGAAGCACUCGCUCUUCAACGCCAUGAACCGCUUCAUUGGCGCCGUGAACAACAUGGACCAGACGGUGAUGGUGCCCAGCCUGCUGCGGGACGUACCGCUGCUGCUGGAUGAGCUGGACGCGGGCGGCGGCGGCGGUGGCGGUGGGGAGCUGGCCCCGCAGCUGCCCCCGGCCACCCCCGACGCCUACUUCUCGCGGCGGGACAUGUACAGCCACUACGUGCUGCUCAAGUCCAUCCGCAACGACAUCGAGUGGGGGGUGGUGCAGCCGCCCGCGGGCGAGGAGGGCGGCGGCCGCAAGAAGGACAAGCUGGGCGGCGCGGACAUUAGCCGCGGGCUGGGCGAGGGCGACGCGCUGGAGGAGGAGGACCUGGAGAAGCAGUUCCACUACCACCUCAGCGGACUGCACAGCGUGCUCUCCAAGCUCACCCGCAAGGCCAACGUGCUCACCAACAGAUACAAGCAGGAGAUCGGCUUCAGCAACUGGGGGCACUGAGCCCCGCCGCGGCCCGGGGACGCGUCCGGGAGGCAGCCGCCCCUCCCAGCCCGCUGGGGUGGAGGGCGCCCGCGCGGCUGCGGGAGGGAGCGAGAGGGGCGCAGGGCGCAGGCAGGGGCCGCGGCGCAGAGCAGGGAUGCGGGCGGGGAGAGGGGGGAUGAGUCACCGGGGGCUAGGAGCCGGCCAGCAGCUGCGCUUGGCGGGCGGAGUCUGUCCGCGGCACCGGGCGGCGGCGGAGAGGGGUGGUUCCCACGGCAGCGGGGUGCUGGGGGUGGCCAAGGCCAGGGCCUGACUGAGCCUGUGUGUGUGUGUAUGUGUGUGUGUGUGUGGUUAAUGCCAGAGAGAGUGUGUGUAUGGCACUAAGGCAGACAAGGCCAGUGUGUGGGUGGGUGGCGAAUGAAGGGACUGAGAGUGUGUGUGGCCAAGGCCAGUGCCUGAGGGAGUGGAGUGUGUGUGUGUGUGUGUGUGUGUGUGUGUGUGGCCAAGGUCAGUGCCUGAGAGGGAGUGUGGGUGGGUGGUCAAUGCCAAUGAGAGAGAGAGAGUGUGUGUGUGUGUAUGUGUUUGUGUGUGGUCAAAGCUAGUGACACAGAGCAAGAGAGAAAAAGUAGAUUGCCACGGCCAGUGACCAGGAGGGAAAGGGAGAGAGAAUCUGUCUGGUGGCCGGCAUUGCCUCACUUCUUUCCUGUUUUGCACUACUUUUUGUAACAGGGCUUUCCCAUGUUGUACAUACAGCGCCAGGUUUCUUUGCAUGCCCCUAGGACUGCGCCCGUCAUAUUUCUGCCAAUGCAAUAACAGAGAAAGAUGUACCUUAAUCCAUACUAGUUUAUUAAUAUUGGGGGUUAUUAUUAUUAUUAUUGUUUUGUAUAGGCCAGGGUGGAGAUCUUGCUGUUUUCUCCACAUCUAAGGAGGUGGCUGGUAGGUAUGUGAGCUGGUUGCAGAGCUGCCUUGAGAUGAGGUUGCAAAGCCAAUGACAUUAGCAGAAGCAUUACAAAAUCACUUUUAUUCCCCCGAUGGAACCAACUGACUGAAGCGUAUCCCUAUUCCACUGAAAGGAUGAAGGGUUCCAUUGUACAUGUAUUAAAGCUUAUUUAAAACAUUUUUUUUAUUGAGAUGUAGAAUAUAUUCUAAAUAAACAGGCAAAUGAAUUGACUAA